AUGCUCCCAUCCACAUCCCCCACCCCCACCCAACAGUAUACAGCCGAGGCGUGUUUCGCAUGCAAGAGCAAGAAGCGGAAAUGCGACAAGCAGUUGCCGGCUUGCUCGCGGUGCAGGAAAGUGGACCAGGAGUGCUUGUAUGGGAUUGCAGCCGAUGGUGUCUAUGGCAAGAUUGUUCCUGCCACGAACAACGACCUGUCCACGUACGUAACAUACCGUGCAACCAGCAAGGACACGUCUGAUAGAGCACAGUUCGAAUCAUCUCCUACCGAGAUCAGAAGAGGCUCUACCGACAUCAAACUGGGGCUCGUGUGGUCGAUGCAACAGGUUGAAGAGGCGAUGUGA